UCCUGCUACUCAAUUCGCAGGAAAAUUUAGUCUUCUUCCCUUGGCUGCUCUUAUAAAUCUUAUCCCACUAAAUGGAGCAAGAUAUUGAAAGAGCGCUAGAGGGAUGAACUGUGACACACACCAUUAAUCUCAAGUGAUUGAAACACUGAGAGCCAGUCCCAGCUGUUAUGAAUUCUCUUCUUCAACUCCUGCUCCUCGGUUUCCUUCUCCCCUUGUUCUUCUCUCUUUACUACCUCCUACUCUGGAAGCCACGGAAUAUGAAGAGUUCUAGUCGAAGAUCUGCACCCGAAGCGGCUGGGGCAUGGCCUAUUAUUGGUCAUCUUCAUCUUUUAGGUGGGAGUUCCAUCCCACACAUUACCUUGGGAGGCAUGGCUGAUAAGUAUGGGCCGGCAUUCACCAUUCGACUAGGUAUUCGUCGUGUAUUGGUGGUGAGUAGUUCGGAGGUUGCAAAGGAGUGUUUCACUACAUAUGAUAAGGCUCUCUCGAACCGACCAAAGGCCGUUGCCAUAAAGGUUAUGGGCUAUAACUAUGCCAUGUUUGGAUUCAGUCAUUAUGGACCUUAUUGGCGUGAAUUGCGCAAGAUAACUAUGCUUGAGCUUCUCUCAAAUCGCCGUCUGGAGACUUUCAAGCAUGUUCGAGCCUCAGAGGUUGAAACCUUCAUAAAAGAACUAUACCAAAUGUGGGAGGACAAGAAUAAGUACCUAAUGGUGGAUAUGAAGAAUUGGUUUGGGGACUUGAUGCUCAAUAUUAUUCUCCGGAUUGUAGCUGGGAAGCGAUAUUCUGGGACUGAUACUUCGUACGACAUGGAGGAGAAGCUACAAUGUCAAGAAGCCAUGAGAGCAUUCUUUCAUAUGACGGGUUUAUCCGUCAUUUCGGAUGCAAUCCCUUUUCUUGAGGGUUUAGAUUUGCAGGGAUAUGAAAGAAAAAUGAAGAAGAUGGCCAAGAUCAUAGACUCUAUACUCCAAGCAUGGCUGGAAGAGCAUCGACGAAAGAGAUCAUCUUCUGCAAGCGGUGAAAAGGCCAAGGGUGGUGAACAAGACUUCAUGGACGUGAUGAUAUCUAUAAUGGAAGACUCAAAGAUUGAUGAUUAUGAUGCGGAUACCGUCAUCAAGGCGACUUGUUUAACUAUGAUCUUAGGUGGAAGUGACACUACAGCUGUUACAUUAAUAUGGGCUCUUUCGCUGCUACUCAACAAUCAACAUGCCAUAAAAAGAGCACAGGAUGAGUUAGACAUGCAUGUUGGUAGGGAAAGUCAAGUAAAGGAAUCAGAUAUCAGUAAAUUGAAAUAUCUCCAAGCCAUUGUGAAGGAAACAUUUCGCCUAUACCCAGCAGGUCCAUUGUCUGCACCACGGGAGACCAUGGAAGACUGCACUAUUGCUAGUUAUCAUGUACCAGUAGGCACCCGAAUACUAACAAAUCUAUGGAAGAUUCAUCGAGAUCCACGUGUAUGGUCCCAACCUCAUGAAUUUCAGCCAGAGAGGUUUCUCACGACCCACCUGGACGUUGAGGUUUCAGGUCAAGAUUUUGAAUUCAUCCCUUUUGGCUCCGGCCGGCGAAUGUGUCCAGGGGUUUCUUUUGCUCUUCAAGUUUUGCACUUGACUCUAGCUCAUUUGCUCCAUGGGUUCGAGUUUACAACUCCUUCAGGUGCUCCAGUGGAUAUGACAGAAACACCAGGGUUGACCAACAUGAAGGCCACCCCACUUGAAGUUGUCCUUAGCCCUCGUCUUCCUUCUAAGCUUUAUACGUGUUGAGGAAUGUGAUUUUCUCCGCCUAAUGAACUCACACCAUACACUACUCAAUUCGCUUUGCUAGGUUGAGUUGGCUAGUCGGUCUUGUUAAUAGGGUUAUGCUGAAAAUUGCAAAACUUAUUGGUGGCCUUGGUAUUGGAUUGAGUCCUCUAUAUAUUUUUCUCCUUUUCUCCUUUUGUAGAUCGAUCUAGACCAACUCACCUUAUUAUUAUAUUUGAGUUCUUGA